AUGGCCUUGAGCAUUUCUCCACGGAAGGUUGUACCUCUUGCCGGCGGUGAUGAUUGGGAGCCAGUAAAAUCCAAAACGGCAGGCACCACCACAAAACGUGUCUUCUUCUGUGGUGUGGUGGUAGAGAGCCAGAAUGGUCAAGGGAUAUCGGAAGAGGUACAGGAUCUGGUCGCAUCCUUGGGAGAGCCGUUGAGUGCAUUCGAAGACGGAGGUUCGCUACCAUCAGAGUCAAUGAACGAUGAGCUCUCGGGAACUAACAUUCAAACACGCAGACGAGCAUUGACCGAAUCGCCAGCCAUUCAAGACAUCAUAAACGAACUCGUAUCUACGGAACGAUCUUAUGUCAAGCGACUUCACAUACUCAAGUACGACUACGCAGAUCCUCUACGCACCUUUGCUCGUACCAAGGAUACCGCCAUAAUCGCCGCAUAUCAGGCGAAAACCCUCUUCGGGAACGUGGAUAAUCUGUUGCCAGUCAACGAAAGCUUUCUCGCCGAUCUUGAAAAGAUGCUUGCCCCAGACGGGCCUCAGAAUGUAGGGUACAUCGGUGACGUAGUCCUGCGACAUUUCAAGGAACUCCGUGGGUUUGACCAAUAUAAACAAUACUACGUGAAACGGGAGGAGGCUCAAAUGAUAUUCGAGCGGGAGAUGUCGAAGCGGUCGUCAGGUUUUGCUGCAUAUGUUGAUCGCAUCAAGUAUUCUUCUGCGGACACAAAGAACCGGAUCGGACUGCGCGAGCUUCUUAUGGACCCUGUGCAGCGCAUACCCAGGUAUACCCUCUUAUUUCGCACAAUGAUCAAGCGCAUGCAACCUGGUGACCCUCAGCGGACAAAGCUCAUGGAAGCUGAUCAGAUAGCAAGCAAGAUAGCCCUUGCCGAGACUGACGAGCAAACAAAACGUGCCGCCGUCAUGUACUGCUUAGGCGCGACCAUCGAUGGAUUUCCUCCAGGGUUGAUCUCCAACUCCAGGCGUUUCAUUGACUGUAUCGAUGUCGAGGAUGUUUUCUUAGACACGCCUGUCUCCUCGUCCGCGACCGGUGCGACAGCGUCUCUCGAUUCCCUUCACUGUACCUUGUUCUUGUUUGACGAUAAACUCAUGAUCGUGAAGCGACCUGGCAACGAAAAGAGCGGAAAGGUCUUGUCUGGGCUUGACCAAUUAGAGAAGGUGACAAAGGCAGGUGGCCGACCUUUGGAGAUGAAGAAGACAGGGAUGAGCUGCAAAGGAGUUGUAGACAUAUCCGAGAUCGCAGCCACAGACGUCGGUGGGGCUGAUUUCCAUCUCUAUCUGGAGAACCCUCCACAAGAUCAGACGGAUCGGUGGUCCGGUCGGCCCUUCAGAUCUCUAUCUGUUGUUCUCCCACCCGCUCCGGUGAAUAUGAACCCUACUCGAACUGAGGUGGAAAAGAAGCGCUUUUUGGAGAAUUUGUGGUAUGCACAAGCUGUGUAUCGGACAAAGACCGGACAGUCAGUAGCACUUCGCGGAGAGGAAAAAGAAGUGGAGGCGAAGCAUGGUCGUGUCACAUACGCACGGACAUAUUUCAAUGUCUAUCAGAGGACUGAUUUCUUGAAAGAGGCCAAGAAAACAAAAGUGGUCGUACACAUCGAUGCCCUUGGUUCUUCAGAUCCACUUCCGUUUGGUAUCAACGGUCCCCCACACGUGGCAAUACGGAUUCAACCCAUGGCUGGAGAACUUUGUCGCUACACAGUGACCACAGCGUUUCCAAAUGAUGAUCCUACUGAUGAAGAGAUCGUGCAGUCGAAGCGAGUGCCGGAACGGAUAGUGGAUACCAUCCACUCGUACGGGCUGUUCAAAUUUCGGACGGGCAGAACUUCAUUACCGUCUACUCCAACGGCCACCACACGUUCACGCGCUGCCAUCUUCGGUCUCGAUGUCAUCUCCCGAAACAUUUUCAAUGCUCGUGCGGCCUCUAGGAAUGAAGUAUUCGGGAACUCUGUUAGCAGUCACAGGCGGACGAAAUCCUCCAUCAGUCGGUCGUCGGUCUACACGCACACGACAUCGGAUGGUAGUCUCAGAUUCUCACAUCGUACUGGGUCGACAGCUGCCACGUCUGUAUACGAUGAUGAAUCGAUCGCGCCCACCCGACCCUCGACACCAUCCAGAAAGCUGCUCAAACGACGCAGUAAAUCGCCCAAGGGAUCCAGUAGUGAGCCCGAAAGCUUUGCGCCCGUACGCAGUACGUUACGACCGGGCUCGAGUUCGAGAUCUAGAGAGAGCACCUUGAUGUAUAGUGACGAGGAGCAUGACGAUCGACCACCCGAACAUAUGGCCGAGUCAGAUCCGGAUUUGAGCCAGAGACUAGCCUUGGCCAGGCAGAAUAGUCAAACUCAAGAAGGACAAUCUUCGGCUAUCCCAACCCGAGUCAACACUCCUAUAGAAGAUAUCAUAUACGAAGGUAACGAAUCUUGUUCUCGAUUGAACGCUUUGCUCACUCGAUCUGCAGAAGAACCGCCACAACCCAUUCGGCCGUCGUCGCGAGCAUCGACGCCAGCUGGUCGACCGACAACACCAUCAGGUGGACUUGAGAUCCCUGGCCAAAGGUCUCGUUCAAUGUCCCUGCUCUCGUCUGAUGACCAUCCACGUGGUCCUCGCAGCCUCUCGCCAUUGCCUCCAUCAUUCGAUGAUAGAUUUACUCCCUCGCCCUCACCUGAGCCAUCCGAAGGUGACAUGUCUAUGGAAGAUACUUUCGUUGACGCAAACUAUACACCGACACAUUCUGUGCGAGAAGGCGGGGUGUCUCCCCUUCCACGUAGCCGAAGACAGGCUUUCGACCGCUUGGAUCCUGAGCGUACACCGACGAUCAAGCCGUCCAAUUAUAAACAGGGCGCUAGCAUCAUCGAGCCGUUGUCGAUCAAGAAGAAGACCUCGUUGCGGGGAUCGGGCACUUCGCCAUCCGCCGGGCGAAAGGUGGGCACGAGGAGGUCUCCAGCAGCAUCGACUGUCGCCAAGAUCGCUCAUCGAAGAGUGUCACCUCAAAUUAAGAGUGUCAAGGUAGCGACUUCGAGUCGGGUGAAAUUGGACAUGGACAUGGACAGGAUGACUGAGCUCAUUGAGGCUACGAAGGAUGAUAUCGAGACAACACGACAAGCCGUCAAACGAAUCAAGAUCGACGUCGAGCAACUGCGGCCUGCGAUAGCUCGCCCUGCAGAGCAGGAAGACCUGCAACCUCGGCCAUUUGUCAGAGGCCUCCCUCGUGCCCCGGUAGCCAACAAUACGCCAAUGACCAGGGCAGCUCAAGAACGCAUGGAGGAGAUGAGGAACCUCAUUGGCAAACGGAACGGAGAGAUCAUCCCUCGCGCUAGGAACCGGUCGCGCAGUUUCGCAGACGUUCCCGGUCCACCUCCCUCGCUGGAGAAGGCACGCACGGGGGAUUUGAUGAAAAUGAUCGAUGAUGCGACUUCCGAGGCCGAUGAGAGUUUGGCCCGUGCCUUUUCAAAUCAAGAAGCACUGGAGUCAGAUAUACAGCGCCUCGUUGCAGAUCUGCAGGAGAAAACAAUGCUUUAUGAGAGGGCCCGGUUCGAGCUCGGGGCGUCCAGGCGCCAAUGUGAUCUGAUGAAGAGUCUCCUCGUGGAUUCCACGGCCGAGAAGGAGAUUAUGUACGAUGCGUUCAACGAGGAACUGGACCUUAUGUUCACGAACGCUCAGUUGCCGGAGGACGAAGCCUGGGAAGGGAUGGUCAAGGACCUGUCCGAGACAAAGGCCGACCGUCACAUGCUCGAGCACCAGAAAGCGCUGUUGGAACGCAGGUUGACCGAGGUGGAGGAUGAGAAGGAGGAGUGGGGUGCCUUGUUGAGGCAGCAUGGACUGAUAUCAUAGUUUCCCGUUCCUUUUCCCUCUCCCCCUCAUUUCUGAUCUCUCU